AUGAGGAUUUUAGCUAAUACAUUUGCAGUAUUACUGGCUCUUGGUGACUUGGUGUCCGUCAAUGCCGCCGAUGGUCAGACCCAGCAAGUCGAACAGUUGUCGUGGCAAGUACGUCAUAUGAAAGAAGAGCAUGGUUUUGACCAAUUUGACGCUUUGUCCUUCUUCACACUUCAUGAUUCGGAUGGAUCGAAAACUUGGACAUCUAAUGAUAUUCUCAACUUGUAUGGCUUGCUAAAUGAUAAAGUUGUGGGUGAUGGCACUGGUAUGGGAAAGCAUGAAGAAACCGAGAAUAUUCCUCAAUCCACUAAAGAUCAUGUACUGAAGACUGUUCUGGGCAUGAUAGAUACGGAUAAUGAUGGGAUUAUUUCUUUAGAAGAAUGGCGCAUUUUCACCGAGCGUGGUGGCGAAUUACCCGAUUUUGGACUAGGACCGGGUCACCACGGCGAUUAUGAGUACGAGUAUGAAGUUCACCAUUGGCUGGAGCACCACGCUAAAGACGACCCCGACGUAAAGAAUGUACAUCCUGAAGAUAUUGAACAUGAAAAUCUAUUUCAUGCUCAUGAGCAUGGCGAUGACGCUAAGAAUCAUGAGGGUUCUUGGGAAAAGGUACAGAAUAUUCCACUUAAAUAUAGGAAACAAUAG